GGUUUAUUAAUAAAGGAGUUAAUUGUAAUUAAUUGUGUUCUAGUUCAGUUUAUUGCAGUCGCGAUUCAGUUAUUAUAAGUAAUAAUAAAAUUUUAAUAAAACCUAGUUUACUGGAGACGAAUCCGCCAUGAUCUAUUUAGUCUUUAUUUAGCUAUUAUUUAGCGAACGAAAUGUUCAGACUGAGAACCGGUUCGACCGAAUUGAUGAUCCGAAUCAUAAGAACGAUUCAUUCACGAAUCUGACAUAUUUAUAGCCAACGCUUCUGGACAGAAAACUGGUGCACUAUUAAGGUUAUAUAGUAAAGAAACUACAGGGAAAUAAUUAACUUCUAAGUUGUUUCGUUCUUGAGGUUGUUGCAACUAAGCGACGCCUGUUAUGGAUGAGCAGAACAGAAGUAUGAACUAUGAGCUUCCAUAAAAACUGAAGGACGAGCCGCUAUAAAGGAAAAGGAAAUUGAAGUGCAUCACUGGAUAUCAAAAUGACAAAAGAGGAAGAAAACCCUGAGUGGGUUGGUGGUCAAGAAUUUUAUGACAAAUAUGAACCAAAGGAGAUAUUAGGACGAGGUGUGAGCAGUGUAGUUCGCCGAUGUGUGGACAAACGGUCUGGCCAGGAAUGUGCAGUAAAGAUCAUAGACAUCACACCAUCAGAUAAAAUGACAUCUCAAGAGAUACAAGAAAUCCAGCAGGCCACUGUGAAAGAGAUCGACAUUCUUCGAAAAGUGUCUGGACAAAAAAACAUAAUUCAACUGAAGGACUGUUUUGAAUCAAAGGCCUUCUUCUUUUUGGUAUUUGAUCUGAUGAAGAGAGGAGAACUCUUUGAUUACCUCACAGAGAAAGUCACCCUAAGUGAGAAAGAGACACGAAAGAUAAUGCGAGCUCUUCUGGAGGUGGUUGAGUAUCUUCACACCCACAAUAUAGUUCAUCGUGACCUGAAACCAGAGAACAUUCUGUUAGAUGAUGAUGUGAAUAUCAAACUCACUGACUUUGGCUUCUCAGUCCAGAUUGAGCCUGGACAAAGACUGAAUGAGGUUUGCGGGACACCAGGUUACUUGGCUCCAGAAAUCAUUGAGUGCUCCAUGGAUCCCAACAGUGCUGGCUAUGGACCUGCUGUUGACCUUUGGAGCGCAGGCGUGAUCUUCUAUACUCUUCUGGCCGGAUCUCCACCAUUCUGGCACAGGAAACAAAUGCUAAUGCUUCGAAUGAUUCUUGCAGGACAAUAUGAAUUCAGCUCUCCAGAGUGGGAUGACCGCUCGGACACUGUCAAAGACUUGAUUUCCAGGUUAUUAGUUGUGGACCCACAAAGUCGUUAUACAGCCACAGAAGCUCUCAAUCACCCAUUCUUCCAGCAGUAUGUGGUCGCAGAAGUUCGUGAUUUCAGCCCUUACAGGAAAUUCAAGGUUAUUUCUAUGACCGUACUUGCCGCCAUGCGUAUCUACUGCAACUAUCGUCGUGCCAAACCUGUCACCAAGGAAGUGAUCCGCAGUGACCCUUAUGCCAUCAAACCUCUACGCAAGAUGAUUGACGCAUGUGCCUUUAGGAUCUACGGCCACUGGGUGAAGAAAGGGCAAACUCAGAACAGAGCAGCUUUAUUUGAGAAUACUCCAAAAGCCAUUCUGCUCUCCAUUGCAGCUGAGGAGAUGGAUGCAUCACCCAGGACUUUGUGAGGGUUCAUCACCUCCAAAUACUAGCAGAUACCACAAUUUACCUCAAGAACAUGUUGC